AUGGGGAGAUUUUUCUUUUCCAGUCGAAGUGAUGAUAUUAUUAUUAGUGAUGCACAGCAUCCGCCUCCUUCGAUGAUUCUAUCAUCGUCCGAUUAUUCCUCUUCCUCCAUCGAUUGGAUUGCGUCCUCCGAGUCAUUUCGAGUGGAAGAACCCGAAGUGAUUAGUCUGACACUCUUUCGGUCGUCUACGGAUCAGAGACUUGGAGUCAAGCUCGGCAAGCGAACCAGCACUGCAAUGAUGUCUAAUACUAAGGAUUCAGAUGAAGAAUAUUUGGGAAACCAAAAUGAUGCCAAUCAUCAUCAUCUUGAUUUAAAGGAUGACGUCUAUGUCGCAGCACUCGACGAACGACAGGACAGCUUGCUGAAUCAUCCAACAAAACUGCCUAUUCAAGUGGGCGAUUUAGUGAUAUCCUUCAAUGGCAGGCUGUGCAAGUCAUUGGACUUGGAAACCCUUCAGGAGAUUAUGAGUCACGCGACUGGGGUCAUUACCAUUUGUCUUUACAAGGCAGCAAACUCUACUGAUUGCAAUGUUGAAAGAUUGGAAACAGCCAAACGAGAAAUGAUGGUGCAUCAGGCAGUCUUUGUACAACCAAAACAGCAUACUUGUCUGCCUAUGGAUCUGGACUUUGAAAGUCAAAUUGUGUCACAGCAACGCUGUUUGACCUUUGCGCAUUUGCACGGCGACAAUGAUUGGUUAUCACCCUCUUGUCUCGAGGUUGGACACAUUGUAUUGGCCAUCAAUGGAUCUUGUAGUUACAAUCUGGAGGAAGAGGAUGCCCGGUUCUUUCUACAGACAAAAUGUGAACUGGAACCUUGUGUCUCGAUCACGACUCUUGGUUACCCCAAUACUACUAAUUUCGCGAAAAAGGAUCCUGACAAUUCCGCAUCCAAGGACGGUGAAAUCCCAAUACUUGGCAAAGAGAACAAACUAUCCUCGGCACCAACAACAAAGCAAAAGAAAUUCUCGAGAAUGUGGAGCAUCAGCAACGGACUAAAGGAAACUGAAAAAGAAAAAAGACAAAGGGAGGAAAGGCAGCUUGAUUCCAAGUAUAUCCAAGAAACUACUCUCCAGAUUCGAAACAUUCUCCGCGAAGCCAAAAAUGAUCGCUCGAUUGAUGCUGCCGGAAAGUUUCCAAUGUUUUCACCCUGUCGUAAGCUAUUUCUGGCAAUGAAACAUCGUAUGGAUGCCUGUGCCAGAGAGCGAGGGACGGGAGAAGUUUAUUUCCAGCUUUAUUUGUCACUAUCAAAGAGUUUCUUGUUGGAAUACGCACGAAUUCUCAACUCGUCAUUGACUGCCGCUGCGCCAACCAAAAGGAUACUCAAAGUACGCAAGAUCAUGGGUUCGCCCUCAUCAUCAUUGUCAUCACUAUCGCCAUCAUCGUUUUUGAAAGGAAGCGAAGGCCUUUUUGGGCACGACGAAAAGAUUACGGACCACGAAAAGAACCUGUGUCACAUCUUCAACACUUCCAAGUUCUGUGUCGAUACAAUAGAACAAAUGGAAGAGAUGGUCAGAAAUACCAUUCACGACACGUACGCUGCUCAAGUUGACAUGACAUCCCAGCAAGAGACUUUUGAUGAGAUUGCCGCAAAGGCUAUGGAAUUCUUGGUAUCACUUCUCAGCAAUCAAAUUCGUGCGUGCGCAUUUGCAGACAUGACCAAACUUCCUUGGAAAAAAUGGGAUCAAGUUCAAGAUACCAACGACUAUGUCUACUCCAUUUGUCAUCAUGUCGAAUCCUACAUAUCUACUGCCGAAUGGCUCCUGUCUCCGGCAUAUUUCUGUACACUAUGCGACAAGUUGGCCAUGGACAUCAUUGAAACCUUUGAUUCCAUCAUGCUUUCGAAAUGCAAUCACACUACAACGACAGGAAAGCAGCAAUUAUUACUGGAUGUCCACACGCUAAAAUCCUUCUUUCUCGGGAAGCUCGUUGAAGAUCACAAGAAGGGCUCUCUUGUCUCUUCAUGGACCAUUUAUGAGAAAAUGGUAUCUGAAAAGUUCCAAAAGAUGGAAGCUUUGCUCAGAAUCGCAUCUGUUUCAGAAUCCGAUCUGAAGGAUUUCAUGAGUGACAUUAUCUAA